AUGCAGGGCGGGGGAGGGAACCCGGAGUCAGGGGAUCAACGGUCCCCAACGGCCGUUACCAACUGUCGCGGGCUGCGCCAACGCUCCGGGUCCACCAACAGCCCUGGCCAGCGGGAGAGCCGGGCCGGGCCGGGCCGGGCUGGAACCGAUACUUGGAGGGGCAGCCCCGCGCCCGCUGCCCCGGAGAUGGAGCGCGGUGGCCCCGCGGACUCCCGGCCCGGCCGGCUGGAGGUUUCUGGCAGGCAGCUGAGGCCAGACGAUCCUGAUGCAGAAACAGAAGAAGACAACUCGGUGAAUGAAGUACCUAUUGAUGAAAUCAUUCGUCCUAGGCCUCAGGGCUCCUCACCAGUCUAUGAGUACUCUGUUGCAGAAGAGCACUUCAGCAAGGGGGAACCAAUGGAAGUCACCCUGCAGACAGAUGUGGAGGCUGGAGCCAGUGGCUACAGUGUCACUGGUGGUGGGAAGGAGGGGAUCUUUGUCAAGCAAGUACUGAAGGACUCCUCUGCCGCCAAGCUGUUCAGCCUGAGAGAAGGUUAUUUGGUCUCUGCCAGCGAACCAAUGGAAGUCACCCUGCAGACAGAUGUGGAGGCUGGAGCCAGUGGCUACAGUGUCACUGGUGGUGGGAAGGAGGGGAUCUUUGUCAAGCAAGUACUGAAGGACUCCUCUGCCGCCAAGCUGUUCAGCCUGAGAGAAGGUGACCAACUGCUAAGUGCUACCAUCUAUUUUGACAAUAUUAAGUAUGAAGAUGCCCUCAAGAUCCUACAGUAUUCUGAACCAUAUAAGGUUCAAUUCAAUCUUAAACGAAAACUAUCAUUGAAAGAUGACACAGAAAAAGUCCAUCAUCCAGCCACAAGUGGUAUCAGAGAAACAGACCAACAGGGUGAAGGUCUCACAGAUGGAACACUGGAGACUUCUGAAAAGACACUUGAAGAAGAAGAGGACAAAGAGAAAUUAAUAGUUAAACCCAGAACAGGGAGGAGCCAGCGGCCAAAGAAAGAGAGAUUGUCAUGGCCCAAAUUUCAGGCAAAGAAAACCAAGAAGGUUGUGAGCCACCGUAGGUCUCAUAGCACAUCGGAUGCCUGUGAGGGCAGAGCCCCUGACCUUUCCCCGACAAGUACGGAUACUGAAUUACAUUUCCCCAAAGAGGAGACACAUCUAAAAGAGAAGAAAGAUAGUGGGAGGAAGAGAAAAUUCCUGAACAUUGGAUUUAGGAUGAACCGGAAACCUGAAACAGAUGACAAGAUUCUAAAAGCAGGUUCAACAAUAGCAGAGGCCAGAACCAAAAUAGCAAAAGACAGCCAAAGGAUCCCUUUGAAUCUACAGGACCCAGAAAUGGAACUGGGCAGGAUAGAAUCCCAGGCUACAACUGGAAUCCCGGAGCACUUGGAAAGUGGGGAUAAUAGGUUAAAGCUACAGCUCCAAGGUGAUUCUAGAACAAAGAAACAGGAAGAAAUGGCAUCAGAAGCUAAACCUGGGAGUGGUGCUGAAAUAGGAAUCCCAGCCUCUAUCUCUGGAACAUUCACUGGGCCUCAUGUGUCUAUGAAAGGCAGAAGAAAAAAAUUGGACAAUACAGAAGACACCACAAAGGAUACUGUGAGUGGAAGAAAACAUGCAUCACAGACAGGAAAAGAAACAAGAGAAAGACUAGAAGAUGCUUCUUUUGGUGUUCGAGGGCUGGAAAUUGGAAUUGCCAAGUUAACACUUCAGGAGCCUCAGGAGGAAUUGGGCAAAGGCCAUGAAACACCAGAGAUAAGAGUAAAAAUACCAACUUUGCAAACCCCCAAAUUUGGGUUUUCCAAAGGAAAAGUGCCUGAGGCUAAAGUAAGUGUCUUUGGGCAAGAAUGGGAACAAUCUCUGGGGAGCAUCAAUGUGAAUCAGGGGGAGAUACACAUGGAAGCCACGACUGAGAAGGAUGUAACCUUACUAGAUAGGACAGGAGCAAUGAGAAAGAUAUCUGUAGAGUCUCCGAGCCUAGAACACACGACCUCUAGCAUCCCUGAGAUUUCAGACUGGAAGGUUGAGACACCCAGCAAGAAAAUAUCACAAAUAUCCAAAAUGGAUGCUAGCACCCCCAAGGUGGACAUUACCAUUCCCAGUACAGAAGUGUCCUUGCCAAGGUUUGGAGUUCAAGGUUCAUCAACAGGAAUGGAGGGAGUGAAAAAGGAAGGAGACAACAAACUGGGGGACAUGGAUAUGGAGGGGAAAGACAGCAAGUUCAAAAUGCCCAAAUUUAAGAUGCCAUCAUUUGGAUGGUCUCCAAGCAAAGAAAAAAAAGGCUCAGUGGAAGUAUCUUUACCAAAAAGAGAUGUGGAUGUGUCAAAGACUUCCAUAAAGAGAGGUGACAAAGGUGGAGACCUAAGUAUAUCACUGAUACCUGCAGAAAUCCAAGGCAUGGACACAGAUUUUAGUAUGAAAGAGAAUGAGAAGGAAGUCACUGUGGAUGACAAGGGUAUGGAAAUUAAAGGACCAAAGGUUCAGAUGCCCAGUAUCAAAGUGCCACAAAAACUGAAAGCAGAAAUCAAGGGACCAAAGACAGAUGUCAACAUACCUCCUAUGGAUAUGUCCCUACAUAAGGAUGAAUUAAAAAAGCAGGCCCCCAGAAAGGAAGCAGAAAGAGUGAAUUUAGCAGGUGAAGUAACAAGGAGAGAAAAGGAGGGUGAUCACAAAGAAAGUAAAUUCAAAAUGCCCAGAUUCUCUAUGCCAGGUUUUGGAUGGGGAGGUAGUAAGGAUAUUGGAUCUUCUGUGGAUGUGGAAAGUGACCUUAAAGAGCCAAAAAUGACUGUCCCAUCUUAUACUGUGGACAAAAGCACUAUAGAUAAAAGAACUCCAGGAUUUGAUAUAAAUGUGGAAGUCUCAGGGGGAAAGAUGGAAAAAGUAAAUAUAAAUGGUAUAGAAAUUAAUAAACAAAUAGAAGGGGUAGAAAUCGACACAGGGGAUGAAAAAGGAACACAGGGAAGUAUAGGAAUCAAAGGACACAUGCCAAAGAUGCAGAUGGCAGGAAUGAAAAUACCACAAAUGCCAAAAGCAGAUAUUAAAGGUCCCAAAGUAGACAUCACCAUGACCAGUAUGGACGUGUCCAUGCCCAAGGGCAAAGUCGACAUCAAGAGCCCGGACCUGGAGGUGGAGGGAGUAAAGCUGGAAGGGGACAUCAAGCUGGGUGACAGAGACACGGAGGGCAAGGACAGCAAGUUCAAGAUGCCCAAAUUUAAGAUGCCAUCCUUUGGCGUUUCUGUUCCCAGCAAGGAAGGCUCAGUUUCUGUGGACGUGAGCCUGCCCAAGACAGACGUGGAGGUGGCUCUUCCCUCUGUAAAGGGCGAGGUCAAGGCUGGCGACCUGAGUGUGGAGGUGCCCUCAGUGGAGGUGGACGUCAAAGGGGUGGCCCUUGAGGCCCAACUGCCCGAGGCCGCAGCGGAGCUUGGAGACCUGAAAGGGAAGGCAGGCAGUGCCGGCAUCAAAGGCCAUUUGCCCAAGGUCCACAUGCCCAGCAUCAAAAUACCCGAGUUGCCCAAAGCAGACAUCCAAGGCCCCAAAGUGGACAUCACCAUGCCCAGUGUGGACGUGUCCGUGCCCAAGGGCAAAGUUGACAUCAAGAGCCCCGACCUGGAGGUGGAGGGAGUCAAGGUGGAAGGGGACAUCAAGCUGGGUGACAAGGACGUGGAGGGCAAGGACAGCAAGUUCAAGAUGCCCAAAUUUAAGAUGCCAUCCUUUGGCGUUUCUGUUCCCAGCAAGGAAGGCUCAGUUUCUGUGGACGUGAGCCUGCCCAAGGCAGACGUGGAGGUGGCUCUUCCCUCUGUAAAGGGCGAGGUCAGGGCUGGCGAUCUGAGUGUGGAGGUGCCCUCAGUGGAGGUGGAAGUCAAAGGGGUGGCCAUUGAGCCCCAACUGCCCGAGGGCGCAGCGGAGCUUGGAGACCUGAAAGGGAAGGCAGGCAGUGCCGGCAUCAAAGGCCAUUUGCCCAAGGUCCACAUGCCCAGCAUCAAAAUGCCCCAGUUGCCCAAAGCAGACAUCCAAGGCCCCAAAGUGGACAUCACCAUGCCCAGUGUGGACGUGUCCCUGCCCAAGGGCAAAGUCGACAUCAAGAGCCCCGACCUGGAGGUGGAGGGAGUCAAGGUGGAAGGGGACAUCAAGCUGGGUGACAAGGAUGCGGAGGGCAAGGACAGCAAGUUCAAGAUGCCCAAAUUUAAGAUGCCAUCCUUUGGCGUUUCUGUUCCCAGCAAGGAAGGCUCAGCUUCUGUGGACGUGAGCCUGCCCAAGGCAGACGUGGACGUGGCUCUUCCCUCUGUAAAGGGCGAGGUCAGGGCUGGCGAUCUGAGUGUGGAGGUGCCCUCAGUGGAGGUGGAAGUCAAAGGGGUGGCCAUUGAGCCCCAACUGCCCGAGGGCGCAGCGGAGCUUGGAGACCUGAAAGGGAAGGCAGGCAGUGCCGGCAUCAAAGGCCAUUUGCCCAAGGUCCACAUGCCCAGCAUCAAAAUGCCCCAGUUGCCCAAAGCAGACAUCCAAGGCCCCAAAGUGGACAUCACCAUGCCCAGUGUGGACGUGUCCCUGCCCAAGGGCAAAGUCGACAUCAAGAGCCCCGACCUGGAGGUGGAGGGAGUCAAGGUGGAAGGGGACAUCAAGCUGGGUGACAAGGAUGCGGAGGGCAAGGACAGCAAGUUCAAGAUGCCCAAAUUUAAGAUGCCAUCCUUUGGCGUUUCUGUUCCCAGCAAGGAAGGCUCAGCUUCUGUGGACGUGAGCCUGCCCAAGGCAGACGUGGACGUGGCUCUUCCCUCUGUAAAGGGCGAGGUCAGGGCUGGCGAUCUGAGUGUGGAGGUGCCCUCAGUGGAGGUGGAAGUCAAAGGGGUGGCCAUUGAGCCCCAACUGCCCGAGGGCGCAGCGGAGCUUGGAGACCUGAAAGGGAAGGCAGGCAGUGCCGGCAUCAAAGGCCAUUUGCCCAAGGUCCACAUGCCCAGCAUCAAAAUGCCCCAGUUGCCCAAAGCAGACAUCCAAGGCCCCAAAGUGGACAUCACCAUGCCCAGUGUGGACGUGUCCCUGCCCAAGGGCAAAGUCGACAUCAAGAGCCCCGACCUGGAGGUGGAGGGAGUCAAGGUGGAAGGGGACAUCAAGCUGGGUGACAAGGAUGCGGAGGGCAAGGACAGCAAGUUCAAGAUGCCCAAAUUUAAGAUGCCAUCCUUUGGCGUUUCUGUUCCCAGCAAGGAAGGCUCAGCUUCUGUGGACGUGAGCCUGCCCAAGGCAGACGUGGACGUGGCUCUUCCCUCUGUAAAGGGCGAGGUCAGGGCUGGCGAUCUGAGUGUGGAGGUGCCCUCAGUGGAGGUGGAAGUCAAAGGGGUGGCCAUUGAGCCCCAACUGCCCGAGGGCGCAGCGGAGCUUGGAGACCUGAAAGGGAAGGCAGGCAGUGCCGGCAUCAAAGGCCAUUUGCCCAAGGUCCACAUGCCCAGCAUCAAAAUGCCCCAGUUGCCCAAAGCAGACAUCCAAGGCCCCAAAGUGGACAUCACCAUGCCCAGUGUGGACGUGUCCCUGCCCAAGGGCAAAGUCGACAUCAAGAGCCCCGACCUGGAGGUGGAGGGAGUCAAGGUGGAAGGGGACAUCAAGCUGGGUGACAAGGAUGCGGAGGGCAAGGACAGCAAGUUCAAGAUGCCCAAAUUUAAGAUGCCAUCCUUUGGCGUUUCUGUUCCCAGCAAGGAAGGCUCAGCUUCUGUGGACGUGAGCCUGCCCAAGGCAGACGUGGACGUGGCUCUUCCCUCUGUAAAGGGCGAGGUCAGGGCUGGCGAUCUGAGUGUGGAGGUGCCCUCAGUGGAGGUGGAAGUCAAAGGGGUGGCCAUUGAGCCCCAACUGCCCGAGGGCGCAGCGGAGCUUGGAGACCUGAAAGGGAAGGCAGGCAGUGCCGGCAUCAAAGGCCAUUUGCCCAAGGUCCACAUGCCCAGCAUCAAAAUGCCCCAGUUGCCCAAAGCAGACAUCCAAGGCCCCAAAGUGGACAUCACCAUGCCCAGUGUGGACGUGUCCCUGCCCAAGGGCAAAGUCGACAUCAAGAGCCCCGACCUGGAGGUGGAGGGAGUCAAGGUGGAAGGGGACAUCAAGCUGGGUGACAAGGAUGCGGAGGGCAAGGACAGCAAGUUCAAGAUGCCCAAAUUUAAGAUGCCAUCCUUUGGCGUUUCUGUUCCCAGCAAGGAAGGCUCAGCUUCUGUGGACGUGAGCCUGCCCAAGGCAGACGUGGACGUGGCUCUUCCCUCUGUAAAGGGCGAGGUCAGGGCUGGCGAUCUGAGUGUGGAGGUGCCCUCAGUGGAGGUGGAAGUCAAAGGGGUGGCCAUUGAGCCCCAACUGCCCGAGGGCGCAGCGGAGCUUGGAGACCUGAAAGGGAAGGCAGGCAGUGCCGGCAUCAAAGGCCAUUUGCCCAAGGUCCACAUGCCCAGCAUCAAAAUGCCCCAGUUGCCCAAAGCAGACAUCCAAGGCCCCAAAGUGGACAUCACCAUGCCCAGUGUGGACGUGUCCCUGCCCAAGGGCAAAGUCGACAUCAAGAGCCCCGACCUGGAGGUGGAGGGAGUCAAGGUGGAAGGGGACAUCAAGCUGGGUGACAAGGAUGCGGAGGGCAAGGACAGCAAGUUCAAGAUGCCCAAAUUUAAGAUGCCAUCCUUUGGCGUUUCUGUUCCCAGCAAGGAAGGCUCAGCUUCUGUGGACGUGAGCCUGCCCAAGGCAGACGUGGACGUGGCUCUUCCCUCUGUAAAGGGCGAGGUCAGGGCUGGCGAUCUGAGUGUGGAGGUGCCCUCAGUGGAGGUGGAAGUCAAAGGGGUGGCCAUUGAGCCCCAACUGCCCGAGGGCGCAGCGGAGCUUGGAGACCUGAAAGGGAAGGCAGGCAGUGCCGGCAUCAAAGGCCAUUUGCCCAAGGUCCACAUGCCCAGCAUCAAAAUGCCCCAGUUGCCCAAAGCAGACAUCCAAGGCCCCAAAGUGGACAUCACCAUGCCCAGUGUGGACGUGUCCCUGCCCAAGGGCAAAGUCGACAUCAAGAGCCCCGACCUGGAGGUGGAGGGAGUCAAGGUGGAAGGGGACAUCAAGCUGGGUGACAAGGAUGCGGAGGGCAAGGACAGCAAGUUCAAGAUGCCCAAAUUUAAGAUGCCAUCCUUUGGCGUUUCUGUUCCCAGCAAGGAAGGCUCAGCUUCUGUGGACGUGAGCCUGCCCAAGGCAGACGUGGACGUGGCUCUUCCCUCUGUAAAGGGCGAGGUCAGGGCUGGCGAUCUGAGUGUGGAGGUGCCCUCAGUGGAGGUGGAAGUCAAAGGGGUGGCCAUUGAGCCCCAACUGCCCGAGGGCGCAGCGGAGCUUGGAGACCUGAAAGGGAAGGCAGGCAGUGCCGGCAUCAAAGGCCAUUUGCCCAAGGUCCACAUGCCCAGCAUCAAAAUGCCCCAGUUGCCCAAAGCAGACAUCCAAGGCCCCAAAGUGGACAUCACCAUGCCCAGUGUGGACGUGUCCCUGCCCAAGGGCAAAGUCGACAUCAAGAGCCCCGACCUGGAGGUGGAGGGAGUCAAGGUGGAAGGGGACAUCAAGCUGGGUGACAAGGAUGCGGAGGGCAAGGACAGCAAGUUCAAGAUGCCCAAAUUUAAGAUGCCAUCCUUUGGCGUUUCUGUUCCCAGCAAGGAAGGCUCAGCUUCUGUGGACGUGAGCCUGCCCAAGGCAGACGUGGACGUGGCUCUUCCCUCUGUAAAGGGCGAGGUCAGGGCUGGCGAUCUGAGUGUGGAGGUGCCCUCAGUGGAGGUGGAAGUCAAAGGGGUGGCCAUUGAGCCCCAACUGCCCGAGGGCGCAGCGGAGCUUGGAGACCUGAAAGGGAAGGCAGGCAGUGCCGGCAUCAAAGGCCAUUUGCCCAAGGUCCACAUGCCCAGCAUCAAAAUGCCCCAGUUGCCCAAAGCAGACAUCCAAGGCCCCAAAGUGGACAUCACCAUGCCCAGUGUGGACGUGUCCCUGCCCAAGGGCAAAGUCGACAUCAAGAGCCCCGACCUGGAGGUGGAGGGAGUCAAGGUGGAAGGGGACAUCAAGCUGGGUGACAAGGAUGCGGAGGGCAAGGACAGCAAGUUCAAGAUGCCCAAAUUUAAGAUGCCAUCCUUUGGCGUUUCUGUUCCCAGCAAGGAAGGCUCAGCUUCUGUGGACGUGAGCCUGCCCAAGGCAGACGUGGACGUGGCUCUUCCCUCUGUAAAGGGCGAGGUCAGGGCUGGCGAUCUGAGUGUGGAGGUGCCCUCAGUGGAGGUGGAAGUCAAAGGGGUGGCCAUUGAGCCCCAACUGCCCGAGGGCGCAGCGGAGCUUGGAGACCUGAAAGGGAAGGCAGGCAGUGCCGGCAUCAAAGGCCAUUUGCCCAAGGUCCACAUGCCCAGCAUCAAAAUGCCCCAGUUGCCCAAAGCAGACAUCCAAGGCCCCAAAGUGGACAUCACCAUGCCCAGUGUGGACGUGUCCCUGCCCAAGGGCAAAGUCGACAUCAAGAGCCCCGACCUGGAGGUGGAGGGAGUCAAGGUGGAAGGGGACAUCAAGCUGGGUGACAAGGAUGCGGAGGGCAAGGACAGCAAGUUCAAGAUGCCCAAAUUUAAGAUGCCAUCCUUUGGCGUUUCUGUUCCCAGCAAGGAAGGCUCAGCUUCUGUGGACGUGAGCCUGCCCAAGGCAGACGUGGACGUGGCUCUUCCCUCUGUAAAGGGCGAGGUCAGGGCUGGCGAUCUGAGUGUGGAGGUGCCCUCAGUGGAGGUGGAAGUCAAAGGGGUGGCCAUUGAGCCCCAACUGCCCGAGGGCGCAGCGGAGCUUGGAGACCUGAAAGGGAAGGCAGGCAGUGCCGGCAUCAAAGGCCAUUUGCCCAAGGUCCACAUGCCCAGCAUCAAAAUGCCCCAGUUGCCCAAAGCAGACAUCCAAGGCCCCAAAGUGGACAUCACCAUGCCCAGUGUGGACGUGUCCCUGCCCAAGGGCAAAGUCGACAUCAAGAGCCCCGACCUGGAGGUGGAGGGAGUCAAGGUGGAAGGGGACAUCAAGCUGGGUGACAAGGAUGCGGAGGGCAAGGACAGCAAGUUCAAGAUGCCCAAAUUUAAGAUGCCAUCCUUUGGCGUUUCUGUUCCCAGCAAGGAAGGCUCAGCUUCUGUGGACGUGAGCCUGCCCAAGGCAGACGUGGACAUGGCUCUUCCGUCCGUAAAGGGUGAGGUCAAGGCUGGCGACCUGAGUGUGGAGGUGCCCUCAGUGGAGGUGGACGUCAAAGAGGUGGCCAUUGAGGCCCAACUGCCCGAGGCGGAAGCUGAGCUUGGAGACCUGAAAGGGAAGGCAGGCAGUGCCGGCAUCAAAGGCCAUUUGCCCAAGGUCCACAUGCCCAGCAUCAAAAUGCCCCAGUUGCCCAAAGCAGACAUCCAAGGCCCCAAAGUGGACAUCACCAUGCCCAGUGUGGACGUGUCCCUGCCCAAGGGCAAUGUCGACAUCAAGAGCCCCGACCUGGAGGUGGAGGGAGUCAAGGUGGAAGGGGACAUCAAGCUGGGUGACAGGGAUGCGGAUGGCAAGGACAGUAAGUUCAAGAUGCCCAAAUUUAAGAUGCCAUCCUUUGGCCUUUCUUCUCCUAAGAAGAAGAGUUCAACAUAUGUUGAUGUGAACCUGCCCAAGGCAGACUUGAAUGUGGCACUUCCAUCUUUCAAGGGUGACGUCAAGUCUGGUAACUUGAGUAUGGAAUUGCCCUCAGUUUCCCUUGAUGGUAAAGACUUUUUAGACUUUGAUUCUUUUGUUCCAGAAGAAGUGGUCCAGUUUGGUGUACUGCAGAGUUUUCUGAAAGUUCUACUGAAUUUACGGUUAAGGAAUCUGAUUCGAGCUCCUCAUCCUUCCUCGGUGCUUCUGUCCUUAAAGAUCCAAAUUUAA